UCGCCGGCCUUGGCAGUCUGUCGCGAUAAGAUAACGGGGCUUUAUAAAGGCUGGCGGUGGGAGUGGCCGGGUCAAAGCUUCGCCUCCUCCACCAUGUCGCUGCUCCGGUCACUCCUGUCCCUGGUGGUCUGCGCCGCGCCUCUCUGGGCGGCGGAGUGGCCCUGCCCGGACGACGGUGCUAUUUACCCCUGCAUAUGCACCGCUUCCGCAAGUUAUGAAAUAACCAUGGACUGCUCCAACGUCGACAGCAGUGAAAGUCUGAGAAAAAUAUUCGAGACGCCGUUCGCCUUCAAUGACUUUAAGCGACUCAUCAUCGAUCCCUUAAGCCCUGUCAGUACCCUGUACGAUCUGCCUGCUGGAGUGUUCGGUCCAGUGAGCUUCGAGGAGAUUGACGUUACCAACACGUUGAUCGAGACGGUGGACGAAGAGGCGAUCGUCAACUCCCACAACACGCUGGUGCGCCUUAACAUGAGAGGAAACAAGAUCAACAAGUUCCCCUUCGAGACGCUGGACCUGUACGUGGAGCUGAUAGAGCUCGACUUGGCGAACAACCAAAUUUCGGGGGUCAUGCCGGACAUAGUGACGGAAGCUCUCACCACCCUGGACUUAUCCGGCAACACGGGCAUCACUCUCACCGAGACGGUCUUCAUAGGCUCUCUCAAGCUGCAGGUGCUGCGCCUCAACAACAUGGCUCUGGGCGACACGACGCCUCCCAACGUGUUCUACACGCUCAGUAACCUGAGGACGCUGUACCUGCAGAACAACGGCAUCCCGGGGACCCUCAUCGAGGACUUCAUCAGCACGCUGUCUCAGCCGCUCACCGCCGUGUACUUAGACGGGAACUCCCUCUCCCAGAUCCACCCGCUUUCCGUAACGGGAUUGAGCGACAACGGGAUCAUCUCCUUCACCAACAACCAGAUCCAGCAGUUGACGCAGGAGAAUUGGGAAGGACUCGUGUCUCGGCUCACCCGUUACGACGCCAUCGACAUGAGACACAACCCGCUGGUGUGUGGGUGUGACCUGGUAUGGCUGGUGCUCGAUGCGGAUCUUAUGGCCAUCUUCCACGCCGAAACCAAGUGCGACGGAGGGGCCUAUAUGGUGGACCUCCCCAUAGACUGGUUCCACGAGCACUGCAGCUGAGCCGCCGCGCCAGCCACCCCUCGCCGCUACUGUCUUCACCCCAGCCACGCGCCCUCACGAACUUCCUCUACACGAGUCGAAUACGCAGUACUUCCUCCAAGUUCUAUAGUUUUAAUUACUCAUGAACGUGUCUGUAAAUGAUUUUCGCAUGGUGAUGUUUCAUUAUUUUUGUCAAUAUUUUCAGGAGGUUUCGUCGUAUGUAUUUUGUCGUUAAACAGCUGUAGUAUUUUUUUCUUGUCCUCGUUGAUGUGUUACUAUUCUCCCCGAUAAAUAUCCUUGCUCCUCGGAAACCACCCAUUCAUCCUUCUCCAGGGAAUAGGUUGUACUCCUCUGGUCAUUGAAAAGUGUCGGGUCUAACCCUUCCAACACCGCCCAGUAUCUUCAAGUUUAUACCUUCCUGACCUUUAUAAUUAUAUUAUUUAAUACAUUGUUUUCUAAAAAUCAGAAUCCUUCAUACAUAAUUUAUAAAGACGUUUACCAGUGA